AUGGCCACUUUAUAUGUUAUUUCGCUUGUCAUCAACAACUCGCCGCCAGGACUCUGGAAGGUGCUGACGCUGGUGAUCGAUGUGGUAUUUUUCUGGGUCAAACGGCUCAUCAGGCUCGUGAGAGACUCGCCAAUCCGAGACCUAAAGCGGUCUUUGCAAACGUGCACAGAUUUCCACGAAUGGGAGAUGAUCACAUCGGAAAUCGACCGGCUCAACGGCUACGACGUCUGGCGACAGAACUUCAUCUCGAAAAAGUACGACUACAGACUGAUAAACGAGCGUCUGCACGACCUGCGGCUUGCAAGAAUCUACAAAGACCCGCUCAAGGUGAUGGGGAUUUUGCGAUCUAGUGUGCUGAGGAACUUUGGCGGAAUCUCAAACAAACAACUUUACAACAAGUCGUACAUUGGCACCAAAGUCUUGAUUGAAGACUACAUUGAAGAGGUGCUGAAAUGCUUCCAGUUUAUAGACGAGUGGCAGUUGCGCGACCAGACCAUGGAGCAGAGCUAUUUCAACCAGAUGAAACUGGACUUUUUCCACGACUCGCGACAGACUAUUGGAGUCACAGCACUGAUUCUACAAGGCGGCUCUCUGUUUGGGCUCUGUCAUCUGGGAGUUAUCAGGGCACUGUACUUCAAAAAUCUGUUGCCCAGAAUAAUUGCUGGUUCUGCAAUCGGCGCCCUGGUUGGCGCGUUGAUAUGCUGUCUGGACGACACCGAAAUUGAGGACAAUCUUAAUGAUCUGGUCAAACUGCUACCCGAGGACGAAGUUGACGGGAACAGCCACCAUGUGAUUGGCUCUGUUAUCAAACGCGGAUACAGCCAAGACAUGCUAUUGUUUAUCAAGUACGUGGAGUUGAAGGUCGGAGACCUGACUUUCGAAGAGGCGUAUUUGAAGACUAAUAGAAUCCUCAACAUUCUUAUCCAUCCGACAGAGAGCUGCGUGCCGUCGCUUCUAAAUUAUGUUUCUACGCCCAACGUCACAAUCAAGAGCGCAAUUUACUGUUCCAUUGGAAACGGCGUUCUGGACGAAGGCGUCCAGCUCAAGUAUAAGUCCGCAAACAACGAAAUCAAGACACUCACCAUCUUAGAACGACACUGUGAAUACUUGUCGCCACAUUACACCAGCUCGAUCAAUACGAAAUCGUUCAAGCCAAUUUCGCCCUACACCAGACUCACAGAACUGUUUAAUGUCAACCAUUUUGUUGUUUCUCUUGCCAGACCGUAUCUUGCGCCGCUCAUUGGCAAUGACCUCAAACACUCUCCAACGUCCUGGCAAUUGACCAACCAUUUCAAAAAUCUGGUGAGUCUGGAGCUCAGACAUAGAGUGGAGGCUCUGGAGAAAUUUGGCAUGCUCCUGGGCUUCCUCAGAUGGUUGGCCGUGGACGAGAAAACACCCAGGUUUGAAAACAGCGAGAUCACCAUCGUCCCGGAGCUCAGAACGCUCAUCAAAGAUUUCAGCCGAGUCUUCGACAUCAACCAGUACCAGAAGAAUAUUCCCUAUUGGAUCCAGGUCGGAGAGCGGUCUGUUUGGCCUCUAUAUCCGUUAUUGGAGACUCGCUGCGCAAUUGAGUUUGCUCUCGACGAUUAUUAUAACAUAUACAGAAGCAAAUAGGUUAUCUAUAGAAAAGCUUCACGUUCCCUUCCUUAUUGAUCAAAUAGAGGUAUUCUCGUUCGACAAUUUUUUUAGGCGAGCCGAUCAGGCCUCUGCCAAUUGUCAGCUCUCCGGUCACGUCUUCGGCCCUUCCGGUGCGCAACGGACGCAGAAAGAAGAUCAGAGACGACCUGUGUGCAAGUUUCGUUAAAAAAGUAGCGUGGAUAGUGGCCAGGUCGUUUGGAGAAUCGGAAUAUUCCAUCAGACUCUCGUCGUUCGAGCUUAUCAGGAAUAAAUUGCAUUUCGUAUUUAGUUUCCGCAAUUGUGCGAGCAGCUUGUCCACUGUGAUGUCUGUGAGGAACAGCAAAAAUUCAGGAUUCUCGAUGAACACGUUUGGCCUACCCAGCUUGCUCUGUCGGUCCACCUCAAGCAUGAUCUUGGUAUACCAGUCUUGGUAGCUGUUGAAGAGGUCAACGUAUUUGAAGCCAGCCAGAUCGCCCUUCAGCCGUGCCAUUUGUUUGCGGUAUGUUGUUUCAUCGGUACUUAGCGACGCGAAUACGACUGGGGCGGUGGAGCGGUCGGAAACCGGCGUCUUGUUGACGUAGCAGGUGCCAAAAAGCGAGUUUUCCACAAGCGCUACGUUGAGCCAUGUGGGCCGUGUAGAGGCCUUAUAGAGUACCAAUGUGCAGUAGGUGUAGCCCGGGUCUGAUUUUGGCAGAACGGAGCGGUCUUCAAACACAACAAGG